GUAUUAGCUAGAGAGGGUUUCAAACAACGGAGAGAGAGAGAGAGAGAGAGAGAGAGAGAGAGAGGGGGCCUGUGAAAGCCGAGAUUGAACUGGAAGAGUAUCUGUAGCUCGAAACCCUAAAAAAGUCGUAUCUUCUUUUGUUUUACUCUCAUCUCAUCCAAUCUUCCCGAUGGAUCCCUUCGAUUUGAUACGCAAAGGCUUUGGCUGAAGCUUACUGAAAGUUGAGUCAUUCCCUCGUUCAGAGUCUUUCUAUGCAUGUAUAUUGUUUUUCGUUUCCAUUUGAGUGAAUAAUGAGCUUAUCCAAGAAAGGAACCCAAACCAAGGAUGCAAAGCUCAGCAACCUAAACAAGGUAACAACUUUGAAUCCAAAUGCAGCAGAGUUUGUUCCCUUUUCCCUCAGAUCUCCAUCAUCUGGAAGCACCAGCACUGCAGAUGCGGUAGCAAGGCUUGCCACUUCUGGGACUUCGGGAAAAGCGGUGCUAGAUAGAACAGAGUCAUCUGUCUCAAACAAUUCCGAUGAAGAGGCCCACCAAUACUGGUGUCGCCAGCUCCCUGAUGAUAUUACUCCUGACUUUAAUAUCAUGGGAGAAGACGAAUCUCAAGCUAUUGGGAGCCUCUCUUUGGUGGGUUUGUCCUUACAUGAUGAUAGUGAAGCGUCAAGGUUUCCUGCUGUUACGGGCAGUGGAUACUCUUUAAAUGAGCAGCAAGAAUUAUCUCCACACAACAUUAAUGGUAAUAGCUUUGCUGGAAAGUUGAGAUUUUCUGCUUCAUCUUAUGGGGACGAUUUGUCUUCGGCUAGUCUACUGCAUAUGUCAGCUAAACCAUGGGACAAUCAAAUUGUCAACAGUAAUCAGCUUGUUAGCCCUGGUAGGGAGGGACCUCCUUAUGAUGGAAACUCUAGGCAUGGAUUUAUGAGCAAUAUGUUGGGUGAGCGUGCAAUGGUGGAGGAUAACGAUAUGAACCCUAUUGAGUUUCUGGCUUCUCAGUUCCCUGGUUUUGCUGCUGAAAGCCUUGCGGAAGUUUACUUUGCCAAUGGGUGUGACUUAAACAUGACUAUAGAGAUGCUCACUCAGUUAGAGCUUCAAGUUGAUGGUGAUUUUAGUCAAAAUAUGAACUCAAAGAAUUUGUCAGCCCCCAAUCUUAGUGCAAUGGACUUCCCUGCACUUACUGUUCCGGGUAGUCCGAAUGGUCCUCCAAAAUAUGCUGGAGAUGAUCUCCAACAAAGUGGCAAUCCUUUUCGAGCUUCUGACAAGGACAACAUGCUUUUGUUCAAAUCCGGAUCUUCCAUCCCAUCUAGGGGUGCUAUAGAUUUUGCUUCAGCUGUCCGGAAAUUGGCAUCUCAGGAUUCUGGUAUAUGGAAGUACGACAAAAAUGGUUCUACUGAUUCCACUAUUGGCUCAAGUAGAAGUUCUCAUGUUUUGGCUAGUGCUUACAAUAGUGGACAUGGGAGAGGCAUCUAUGGUGACAGGUUGCAAACGCGUGUUUCUGCUCGAGCAGCUCCUGUUUGGCUUGAAACUGGAGAUGCUGUUGCUAAUAUUUAUUCUGAGCUGCGAGAGGAAGCUCGAGACCAUGCACGCCUGCGUAAUGCGUACUUUGAGCAGGCACGGCAAGCUUACCUAAUAGGCAAUAAGGCUCUGGCAAAGGAACUGAGUGCUAAAGGGCAAGUGUACAACAUGCAAAUGAAGGCAGCCCAUGGAAAAGCUCAAGAAUCUAUUUAUCGUCAGAGGAAUCCAGUUCCUCUAGAGAUGCAAGGCAAUGGAAGAGGACAGGAGCGGAUGAUAGACUUGCAUGGGCUGCAUGUUAGUGAAGCCAUUCAUGUUUUGAAGCAGCAGCUGAGCGUGAUGAGGAGCACUGCCAGGGCAGCAGAGCAGCGCCUACAGGUUUAUAUCUGCGUCGGAACAGGCCAUCACACCAGAGGUUCCCGCACUCCGGCUAGACUUCCUAUUGCUGUACAACGUUAUUUGCUUGAAGAAGAGGCCCUUGACUACACCGAGCCACAGCCAGGGCUGCUUCGAGUUCCUUGGAACAGCCACUGGGAUUUUGAAGUGCGGAGGGAAUUGGGAUGCAGGCAAUGCAACCAGGAAAUGCGCUUGCAAGCCAACGUGAGAGCCACUUCGUCUUCCAUUCCCCCCUCUGCCAAAACCCCAUAUCCACGCACUCUCCUCCGCUUCCGCUUCUCCUCUCUCUCCAACCUAAUCUCGCACCCUCCUCAUUUUUCAUCAUCCUCACCAUCUUCUUCUUUCUCUUCUCAAUGGAUCUCCAUCCUCCGUGCCGCCAUUUCCAAAACCGACUUGCUGCUCGGCAAGUCUGCGCAUGCUCGUAUGGUAACCUCCGGCCAAAACCCAGAACGUUUUUUGACCAACAAUCUAAUUACCAUGUAUUCCAAGUGUGGGUCACUCGCAUAUGCACGUCGGCUGUUCGAUAACACCCGUGAUAGAGACCUCGUUACCUGGAACUCCAUUAUAUCCGCCUAUGCACAAUCCGCGGACUUUGAUGAUGUUGAGAAUUUUCAAGAGGGCUUUCGCCUAUUUCGCCUGCUUCGUGGGUCUGUUCUUUUAACCAGUCGACUCACUUUGGCUCCAGUUUUAAAGCUGUGUUCGCUCUCUGGAUGUGUAUGGGCUUUGGAGGCUGUUCAUGGAUACGCCGUUAAGAUUGGGUUGGACUGGGAUGUGUUUGUAUCUGGAGCUCUUGUGAAUGUAUACUCUAAAUUUGGGGGGAUUAGAGAGGCCCGUGUUUUGUUUGAUGGCAUGCCAGAGAGGGAUGUUGUUUUGUGGAAUGUAAUGCUCAAGGCUUAUGUGGAAAUGGGUCUUUAUAAAGAAGCACUUCGUCUCUUCUAUGCUUUUCAUGAGAGUGGGUUGCGUCCUGAUGACAUCAGUGUCCGUUGUCUUCUUAAUGGGAUUAACAAUGUUGGUUCUGGUGAAGGCAACAGGCUCGCUGAGCAGGUUAAAGCCUAUGCGACAAAAUUGUUUUUGAAUCAUGAUAACUCAGAGAUAUUUAUGUGGAACAAGACAUUGUCUGAGUAUCUCCAAGCUGGUGAAAAUUGGCGAUCUGUGGAGUGUUUUAUAAAUAUUAUUAGAUCAAAAGUAGAAUAUGAUAGUGUGACAUUUGUUGUCAUUCUCACUGCAAUUGCAGGAACCAAUGAUCUGGAGUUGGGGCAACAGGUUCACGCUGUUGCUGCGAAGUUGGGUUUAGAUUCAGUUGUUUCUGUUGCAAAUAGUCUUAUAAACAUGUACUCAAAGGCCGGUUCUCUUCAUUUUUCAAGAGAAGUGUUCAAUUACAUGAAAGAAAUGGAUUUAAUUUCAUGGAACUCGAUGAUAUCAAGUUGUGCGCAGAGUAGUUUAGAAGAGGAAUCAGUGAACCUAUAUACAAAUUUAUUACGUGAGGGCCUAAGACCAGAUCAAUUUACAAUAGCAAGUGUGUUAAGGGCUUGCUCCUCACUUAAAGAGGGCUUAUGUCUCUGUAAGCAGAUUCAUGUUCGUGCAAUAAAAACUGGAAUCGUUGCUGACAGUUUUGUUUCAACGGCCCUUAUUGAUGUAUAUUCUAGGAGUGGAAAUAUGAAAGAGGCUGAGUUUCUUUUUGAAAAGAAAGGAGAAUUUGAUUUGGCAUCUUGGAAUGCAAUGAUGUUUGGCUACAUAAUGAGUAAUGACAGUCAGAAAGCAUUGAAACUCUUGAGUCUGAUGCAUGAAAGUGGAGAGAGGGCAGAUGAGAUUACUUUGGCAGCUGCAGCUAAAGCCUCUGGUUGCCUGGUGGGGAUAGAACGAGGGAAGCAAAUUCAUGCUUAUGUAAUAAAAACCAGGAUUGACCUAGAUUUAUGUGUCAGCAGUGGUAUUCUAGACAUGUAUAUAAAAUGUGGAGACAUGAAAUCAGCGUACAUGGUUUUCACCCAAAUCCCUGCACCUGACGACGUUGCAUGGACAACUAUGAUCUCAGGAUGUGUGGAAAAUGGAGAUGAGGACUGUGCUCUUUCUAUAUAUCAUCAGAUGAGACUCUCAGGGGUCCAGCCUGAUGAAUAUACGUUUGCCACCCUUGUCAAAGCCAGCUCUUGUUUGACAGCAUUGGAACAAGGUAAACAAAUUCAUGCAAAUUUGAUCAAGUUGGAUUAUGGGUCGGAUCCUUUUGUUGGGACAUCACUUAUCGACAUGUAUGCCAAGUGUGGGAACAUAGGAGACGCAUAUCUUUUAUUCCAAAGGACGAACACGAGGAACAUUGCAUUGUGGAAUGCCAUGUUGGUUGGUUUAGCUCAGCAUGGAAAUGCCAAGGAAGCCCUCAACCUUUUCAAAGCUAUGGAAUCUAAUGGUAUUGAGCCUGAUAAAGUUACCUUUAUCGGAGUACUUUCUGCUUUUAGCCAUUCUGGUCUAGUUUCUGAAGCUUACAAGUAUUUUGAUUCAAUGACCAAAAAGUACGGUGUAAAGCCUGAGAUUGAGCAUUACUCCUGUCUAGUUGAUGCCCUUGGCCGUGCAGGUCGUGUUCAAGAGGCAGAAAAGCUGAUAGUAUCAAUGCCCUUUGAAGCUUCUGCUUCAAUGUAUAGAGCCCUGCUUGGUGCUUGUAGGGUUCAAGGGGACACAGAAACCGGAAAACGGAUCACGGCACAGCUCUUGGCACUGGAGCCAUCUGAUUCAGCAGCUUAUGUUCUUUUAUCCAAUAUCUAUGCUGCUGCCAACCAAUGGGAUGACGUAACUGAUGCUAGAAAAAUGAUGGAGAGAAAAAAAGUAAAAAAGGAUCCAGGGUUCAGUUGGAUAGAUGUGAAGAACAAGGUGCAUUUGUUUGUGGUGGAUGAUAAAGCUCAUCCACAAAUUGAUUUGAUAUAUGAUAAGGUGGAGGAUUUGAUAAACAGGAUCAGAGAAAAAGGAUAUGUCCCUGAUACGGACUUUGUGCUGCUUGAUGUUGAAGAAGAGGAUAAAGAGCAUGCUCUUUAUCACCAUAGCGAGAAGCUAGCUAUAGCUUAUGGACUCAUAAGCACUCCUCCAUCCUCUACCAUUCGGGUAAUUAAGAACCUUAGAGUUUGUGGGGAUUGCCAUACUGCAAUCAAAUAUAUCUCAAAGGUUUCUCAAAGAGAAAUUGUGUUGAGAGAUGCAAAUCGAUUCCAUCUUUUCAGGGAAGGAAUCUGCUCUUGUGGUGAUUACUGGUGACACAAAAUUGAUCUU